GUUCGGUAUUAUCCUUUUUUCGGAUCCGCGUGAAGUGGCCACCAUUGCUGGCGCAUUGGUUUUGGUUGGUUUUGUUGGUUGGAGUGAACCGCUGCCUGUGGAUAACAACUUGUGUGCAAUUAUAAAAAAAAGGGGUCGGCAGAAGUGUGAUUCGUGGCUUGAGCCGUCAUACGGUGGACUGGAGCGGAUUACAAUAUCGGCCGCAGUUAAGGAUCAAUUUUGGCACAGAGAGGAGAUCUUGUCACCAUGAAGCCUAACAAUUUGGCCCACGUCGACAGUGCAUCGAUAAAAUCGAUCAGUUCCGAAGACAUCAGCACGGCAGCAGCCGCCAAUUGGCACGGAAAGGGCUGCUGCAGUGUUGAAGCGAAAAAUCCAGCCUUCAAACGCGGACGCCAAAUCCAGCUGAUGCAGAUGAUUGUUUUACCGUUCAUUCCCAUCCUGGCUCUGAUCCUGCAAACUUCAAUCGAAAUGAUUGACAUCGUCAGUUAUCGGAUGGAGGCCACCGAGAUUGAGAGCCAGGUCACCAUGGCCACCGAUUUGGGAAAGGUCGUUACCAAGCUACAGCUGGAGCGAUCCGAUGUUGCGUUCUAUAUCUACACCAACGGAGGUAUGCUGCGGCGGAAUUUGACCAAAGGUUUCCAGGAGACGGACCGUGCCCUGGAAAAUAUGUCCGCGUGGCCCGAUUUGACCAUUGCUACGCUGAACGAUGGUAAAGUGACAUGGCUGAAUAUGAGUGAGUUCCGAGCGGAGCUAACAGAGUUCAGAGACAACAUUUCGUCGGACAAUGGAGAAACCAGCCGAGUGCGGGACGUUCUGCAUUGGUACACGACUGUUAACGGGGCUUUGCUGGAGCAUUUGACGAAUCAGAUCAAAGACGCCAACAAAAGUGGGGUCUGGAGGUUCUUGCUGAGUUUCAAGAACAUGCUGAAGAGCAUAGAGUGUUUGGACAUUUCGGCUAUGUACGGGAUCAUUUAUUACGGUCGUGGUGUGCUGAAACCGGAACCAUAUGUGAACUACAUCCAGCAUGACAUCGUCGGGAAAGAGCUGCUCAAUGGAUCGCUGAAUUACAUACCGAAGCUUAAAGCAAACUACAAGGAAUUGAGUCGGAUAAUGAAGGGAUAUGGAAAGCUCAAGCAGUGGGGUCAUACGAUACGAAUGAAUGUGGAGAAAAAGCCUGACAUAUCGACGGCGACCGAUUACUAUGAAGCCAUGGCUGCUUAUAUUGAUGAGCUGCGAAAACUCCAGGAUCGUAUCCGGUGGAUUAUCAGAGAAGAAGUCCAAAAGGUGCUGGACACCGCCGACCGCAUGGAAACGUUCGGCAUCGGAAUUCUCAUCGUUGUCCUCAUCGUGUCACCCAUCAUAAUUAUUCUGGUACGGAAUGCCGUCGCCACCAUACAGAUGUACGCCGUCAAUCUGGCACAAAAAGCCAAAGAACUGAAACGAGAGAAGCGCAAAUCCGACUCGCUGCUGUUCCAGAUGCUCCCGCCCACGGUGGCCACCCAGCUGAAGCAGGCACAAACCGUUCCGGCGGAAUACUAUUCGGCCGUUACCAUCUUUUUCAGUGACAUCGUGGGCUUUACCGAGAUAGCGGCGGAAUGCACGCCCCUGGAGGUGGUCUCGUUCCUGAACGCCAUCUAUCGGAUGUUUGACGAACGCAUCGAGUGCUACGACGUGUACAAGAUCGAAACCAUCGGGGACUCGUACAUGGUCGCGUCGGGCCUCCCGGUGAAGAACGGCUUGCCUUGCACUUGCGGACUUUUCCAUUUCACAGGUAACAAGCACGUGUCGGAGAUUGCAACCAUGGCGCUGGACCUGCUGGACGCGUCCGGGUGCUUCAGCAUUCCACACAAAUCCAACGAGCCGGUAGAGAUACGGGUCGGAAUCCAUACGGGGCCGGUUGUGGCGGGGAUCGUCGGAACCAAAAUGCCCCGGUACUGCUUGUUCGGAGACACGGUGAAUACUGCGUCCAGGAUGGAGUCCACCGGAGAAGCACUCAAAAUUCACAUUUCCACUGAGAUGAACGAUGAACUAGUCAAAAUCGGCGGCUUCAAAACCGAACACAGGGGACUUAUCGACGUGAAGGGAAAAGGCUUAAUGGACACGUACUGGCUUACCUGCCGGGAAGGUGCAAUCCCGAACCACCACGGAGAGGUAGCCUGGUACGCCGAUAUGCAGCCGGUUUAUCUGAAGAUUGUUUAAACAGAAUUAGCAGUGCACCGAUACCCAAGGAUACAAAUUACAAUUCGAUGUAAGAAUACAGAGUACACAAACACCCACAAACAAUGGCCGAAACAAUACACAGAAACUAAAGCCUUAUAUUUAAGUUCCAUAGUUAUUAAGUUUUACUUGUAUGACAGGACAUGAACGGGCUCCAGGUGUGUGGACAAAGGAAAUAUUUACACGUUAAACUUAUUACUCCAAUAUGACGAGGGAAAGAAUUUUUGGAGGGUAAUAAACAAACUGAUUGUUCAAUUAGUAAUGCAUAACUGAUUACAAAUAAAUUGCUGACUGUAUCUAUCUAAAUGUUUCCUAGUUUAUAAUGCGUGUCCUUCAUGUGAUAUAACAUAAAAAACAAUAUACAAUAACAUGUGUAAUGAAUCACACUUAUGUAUGUGAUGUUGAAAAAAGGAGAGAUUAUACAAUAAAAACAGAAA